CGGGCACCGUCUUUUAAGCCGGUAUUAGCCAUCCUUGAACUUAUCCCUGUAGUUUUAGUGUCUUAAGAAUCUGUAAAGUCUUUUCCAUGGCUUCGGAAACGAGAACGUCGAUCAUGGCUCAUCCGAAAGUGGAUGGGAAGAAAGACGGGCAAGAUGAAAUGGAGAUUGACAACAAUCAACACGUGUCCAAGACGGGAAGCGAUAGCGAUGGGGAAUAUCACGGUUAGAGUUCAAAUGACACAAAUGAUGUACUUAGGGAAAUCUGCUCUUAUCCAGGAAACGCCGUGGUACGGAAAUAAUCGCUGUUUCUGACAUUUUACCAACAGAACCCGGUAUGCGAGUCGGAGAAGAAUACCAAGCCGUCAUUCCCGACCUUGUUUCAGAUAGUAAGUUGCAAAUUAAACCAAUAGGCUCUGUUAUGAUUAAUUAUCUUAGUCCUUUCCUGAAAAUAGGCAUCGGUAAUUAUUUCACCUUGCAGUUUGUGGCGAAUUUCUUACCUUAAGGGUCGAAUAAUUGGCUUACGUACAACGAGCUCGAGUAUUUCAAUUACCGGCCGGCGAGCGACGCGCGCAUAAAUAUCCUACAUUAACUUUCCUUUCAAGCCUCGCUAUGGAAAAUCAUUUUAUAUCGCAGCUGCUUUUAAAAAAUUGUAUUUUAAAUCAAGGCAGGUUUCGUGUCUUUGCGGUUCUUAAAGUUGUAAAUUUCGAGCUUCUUGGCUUUUAUGUUGUGUAACUUUAAAGCCGUUCAUUUUUCCGAUGUCAGUUUCGCUGUCUUAGAAGCCAAGACAUGUCAUACACUUCUAAACGCACUUACAUUUCUGUAGUAGUUCCAAAGUAAGAAUUUUUUGGUGAAAACGCUGAAGUCAAGUUGCAAUUGUUGGUUGACAAUAAGUGGAUGGAAGGGAUGAGAGUUCUGGGAAAAUAUUUUUGAAUGACCUGAUGGGGCCUCUUGGGGGCCAGGCGAAGUGGGGGGGGGGGGCAGGGGGGUGGUUAAGAUGCCUCUGACCUGUCAUUUCAUUGUAACCCAUCUUUGUGUUUUUUGUUGUUAUUUCCUCUGUCUUUUGUCGCUUCUUCAAGGCCGUAAGCCUUGCUGGAAUUCUACCCUAGCAGGACAUCUCUGGUGAUAAUAGUAACGAUAAUGAUUUUAUUAUCAUUUACUUUCAUAUUCAAUUUUAUGAUAAAAAAUCCUCAGUGUAAUGUUAUGAGUAUCUAGAUAACUAGUCUUUGGUCACUUACACUGUGUGAAACACAAGUACCAGUCCUCAAAUUUCAUAUUAGUAACGUAUGAAAGUAGUCCAAAAGGUGCCAAAAUGUAUGUCUGAUGCGUUGGAGGGAAUUCAAAAGCGCGCCCUUAGGAUAAUUCUUCCAAAUGUACAUUAUGAUGAGGCAUUGAUAUUAAGUGGCCUGCCGUUUUUAGAAGACCGUAGGGCUGCUGCUUGCGAAUCAUUUAUACGUAAUUUAAAACUAUCCAACUCUGUGUUUGGCCUUGCCAUGAGUGGAAGGUAACUACCAUUCACUCGUACUCGUUACGAAGCUGCCGGAACUAUAAUAACAAAAUUUGUAAGACAAAAAGAUUGUUAGAAUUUGUAUCUGUGAAGUAUUUAGAUUUUUUGUCAUAAGUUAAAUGUUAAUUAUGUGUAAUUUGCACACAAUCCUGUUAUCCAGCUCUUAGCUGCAAGGGGUUCUGAAUAAACAACUCUAUUCUAUUAUUCAUGGAUCUUUUGUUUCUCUUUUAUUCAGACAAAGAAGAGGCCAAGCAUGACCCAAACCUUCGGCACAAUGCACUUCUUGUUUGGGCACCUGUAGAGGAAAUCCCAAAUUCAAAAUGUGGGUGUUAUUAUUUAAUACAGUCUUAUAGCAUAAAUGAUCAAAAAGACAUGCGGGGUGUUGAUUUACUUUUAACAAUCUGAGAGGGAGUGUUAAAUAGAUACAUUCAGGAGACAUUUAAAAGAGAAAGGCAUUUCUUUUCUUUUUUGCGACCUCUUCAAAACUAAUAUACUAUCAAUGAACAUAUCCAGAGAGUUUGUAAAUUAAUAGCAAAAUAUCCAGUCCAUCAAUGUCUACAUCUGGGCUGUGUAGAGAUCCAUUUCACUCUUUCAAAUCUCAAUUUCACUAUCAGAAUCCUCAUUUUAGGGUUAUUGUGUUGUCAUCCUGACUUUAUCUUUACUUUGAACUUGACAUGAAACAAGAUGCAAUGCACAUUCAUCAAGCAAAAAACUAAAUAAAUUGAAUGAUUUUCUCCUUUUUGCUAAUUCCUAGUAUUUUGGUGUAACUCUCUUGUGGGUGUUUAUUAGAGAGGGGCAUUUAAUACAGACUUUGCCUUGUAGAGGGGGCAUUUUUUAGACAACAGGCGUUUUUUUGAGAAGGGGUGUCAAUAAAUUAGAUCAUUUACAGUGUACCCUUAUAUUGUCUACUCAGUGUGUAGAGGAAGUAGUGUCUGUUAGCCUGGGGCUAGUGGAUUCUGCUGUCAGGCUAAUGAGUUCUGUUCUUAACUUGCCUGAAGGGCAAGUGACAUUUUUCUGGGAAUGUAAAUCACAGAAGAGCUGCAAUCAGUCCUGCUCAUUGUUGUUUUUGGUGCUGGUUGAAAUGAUUUUUGGGCUAGUACAUGCUAGCUACAGCUUGUCUGUGUGUCAGGCAGUAAAACUCCUUUUCCUUUUCACCUGGUUUCUUAGCAUCUGCUUCUCUUCUUCACAAGGCACUCUACAUCCCAGCUAGUGAAAUGUCAUGUAAGCCCCCAGUUCACAACCAAAAUGUGCAAGCAUGCUUGAUAAUAUUACAGUGAGCAUAUGUAUGAGCGCACAAGUAAAAACACUUCCACCUGCACGGAAGGUGACCCAGACACAUGGAGAGAAAAAAGGGAUUACAGGGCUGUAUUGGUCAUUGGACAGUAUCUGACUAAAAUUUGCCCAUUGUCUAGGAAAUCGUGCUUGUAAAUUCGGACACGGUUUUUGAGAUUUGCCAUUACACUGACUUAAAGUUUCACAUAGCUUUGUGUUUCACCUUUUAGUGGAUGACUAUGUGCUGGUUGCUAAAGACAAGCAUGGGUACAACGUUGAACAGGUACAUUCACAAGCAGUUAAUAAAGUGCACAAUUUAAGGGUGGAACUAAGAUUACCAUAGGUUCUGUCCCUGCUUAAGCAAGUACAUAGAUCAAAAAACCCAAAUUUUCAGGUUUACAGUUAACUCUUUCUUAACAGACAACACUAAACAGGGCUUCUCAUAUUUCACGCGGUUACAGAGCCGCGGAAUUCAGGUAAAUCAAAUUUGCCCAGAAAGUUCCCACGAAAUCGGCCGUUUUUAACCGAUUGUUUUUUGGGGAAGUUAGCGUCAAAAAUUUCCGUGAAUUCAGCUGAUUUUUCCGUGAAUCUGUCUCUGAAAAUCCCGCAAAAUUUGACUGUUUUUUCCGCAACUUAUCAGAAGCCCUGACUGAAAGACAGACACCUCGGUAAAACGCUAGACACGUAAAGUUGGUCCCUGACUUUCUUUACCCCUUUUACUUUACUCUUUAUAAGACGGACAUCAAUCUUAGAUAAUCUUAGCGGGUCCCAAAGAUCUCUGUCAUAACUUGAGUUGACGUAAGUUUUGAUCUGAUGAUGAAUGUAUUCGGACUGUGAAUUCUUUAGAUUCAACAUCUAUUCUUGGAUCUUAGUAAAGAAAUGCAAAUUUAAAUAUAUAAUUUUUAUGAAUUUUUUUUCAUAGACCUCUAUUAAGUUUGAAAAGGUUAAAUACAUGUAGAUCUACAUGUUUAAAUCUGUACAGAUGUGUAAAUGCUGUUGAACUGAUCUGGGAUGUUACUGAAAUGUCACCAGUUUUUUUCUGGGAGGGAUUGUCAUAGAAUGAACCAAGGGGUGCCAGUGUUUUGUAAAGGGGUGUUGAAAUUAGCCAGUGAAAUACAUGUACAUUUUGUACAUGUGUGUUUAAGGGGCAUACGAGCCAAAGGCCCACAUGGCUGGAGCUUAUCCUGGUUUCCUUAGCAUGAAGCAUGUCUAGGUGUAUUGCUACUUCCCCCUGGACAGGAUGCCAGUCCAUCACAUGGUUACCCUCCCCCCAGCAGUAUGUUGCCUGUGCCCAUUUAUACACCUGGAUGAAGAGACACAAAGUGGAGUAAAGUUCCUUGCCCAAGGAAACAACGCGGCAGGCGAGGCUUGAACCCCAGACUGCCAGAUUCGGAUUUUGCAAUGUUAUCUGCUCGGCCAGUACACGCUUCCACUUGCCUUGUUCAUGUAUUUUCUCACAUAUCUGCUGUGUAUUGAUGCAGUGAAUAGUGAUCGUGGGUGUGUAAUGUUACAGCAUACAUGCUGUACAUGUAUCAUGCAAUUUAAAGGCUUUUGCUAUUUUAAGUGUAACGUAUAAUAAAAUUAAUGUUUUGUCAUUUUCAGGCAUUAGGAAUGUUGUUUUGGCACAAGCAUAACCUUGAGAAAUCACUAACUGAUUUGGCUAACUUUACACCAUUCCCAGGUAAUCAAUCAAUCAAUUUAUUAACAUUUGUCACAACCAAGUACUCUUCCACUGUAAACAAAGCAUUUACCAUUUACAAUGCAAAAGGUGACUGCUUGAGUUAACUUUAACUACUUUCAUUUUAGAUGAGUGGACUAUGGAAGAUAAGAUCCUGUUUGAACAAGCUUACAGUUCUCAUGGAAAAAGCUUCAAACGAAUUCAGCAAAUAGUAAGCACAUCAUUGACAUUGUUGAGCACUUGAAAGGAAGUCUGUCACUAUUAAUUAUUUUGAGCCAUUAAUUGGUAAUGUGCAAAAUUACUUUCAAAUUGAAGGAACUUCAAACAAGUGGUUGGGUGAAAUUAAGAUGGAAAAAUACCAGACAUGGCCAUAGUACAAAAUAAAAAAAUGGGAUGAGUGCAUUGUUGAGCUAGAUAAGCAUGUAGAUUAUUAAAGAUAUGAGAGAGUUGUCAAUUAGGUUUUCAGUGCUUCGCACACUUCUUGAGUGUUGUCUUAGUAAUUACCAAGUCAUAUGUACUUUAUAUUUUUAUAAAAUUGUUAAUGAAUUAUUGGUGAUGUAGCUUGCAUGCUUGAAUAUCUCUGUAAAGCAUGUGUGUGACACACAUGCUUCACAGAAAUAUAAUGCCCGAGAAUCAUUCUGACUAACUAAUCAUAGCACAUGCAUUUCUUGGCAUUUUUGUUGAACUAAUGGAUUGUAAUGCAUUCUAAAUUACAAUAUUAAAAAAUUGACAUACUACACCUCCUCUAAUUAUAGUAAUAAAGUUAUUUGAGUGCAUUUCAAAACUUGUUUUUUCUGAAACCUUUGUCUUUUUUUUCUUGUCAGUUACCAGAUAAAUCAAUUGCCACUCUGGUCAAGUAUUACUAUUCAUGGAAGAAAACAAGAAGUAGGACAAGUUUGAUUGAUAGACAAGCAAAGAAAAUGGCUGUUCAAAAAGAACCAGUCAAGUGAGUUUUGUCUUCUUGGAAGCCCCGACUUUGGAAAGUAAUCCUAACAGUAUACAAAUUUAUUAAGGGCCUCCCAUUUUAUUUUGGCAGAAAAGUGUUUUCUUUCAAUCAUCAUCCUCAAAGGUGAAGAUCAGAUGAAUGACUUUUUUAUAAUUUAGUACUGUUUAUAGUGUGUACAGUAUUUUUCUUACCACUUUGUUAAUAUCUUUUUGAACCAGUGAUCCAGAAAGUGACAAUAGCGACUCAAGUGAUAGUGACUUUGAACCUGAAAAAGAGGUAAAGUUUCUUCAAUGCUGUUCAUUUUGACUUUUUACUGGCUCAGUAAAUGUUAUUCUCACACACUGAAUACUAUUUGUUUACCCAAAAAUGACACGGCAAUGUAACAGUGCUUUAUUCACAGGAAAAAAAAACUGAAAAGUCAUCUUUCAGCCAUCAGAAAAGUUUACAAUGGACCAAGGAAAAAGAGAAAAACUUUCCUUGGCAAAAGGGGGAAGAGUUAGUACACAGCAAAUUAAUGUCAUACACCAAAACAUUCUUGGUUAAGUUUUAUCCCGGACCAUGCUUACUCAACUUUUUGUCCUUCAUUUUCUGCUAAACAAUUACAGAUUUAGUGAAAAUCAGGAAAAAUAACCUCCAGAAAAUAUGUUGGAUUGAAUGAAUAUUGUAGAUCAGAUGAAAGUAAAUUUGAACAUGUUGGGGAAAAAGGCAUUAAAUUAAUGCUAUGUGGGAUCAUAAUGUUGUGCGAUCAUUUAGAUGUGCCUUAUAAUUUUGUUUCUUUAUGUUUUACAGCAAACAAGACAAACAAAUGGCCAGACUAAACCGAAGUUAAUAACCAAACCACCUACAAUGCAAGUAAGUAUACAAACAAAAUGAUCUUGAAAAUUAAUCAGUCCACUCUAAUCACCUUUACUAGGUCUUCUUAUUAUGUUUCAUUGUGAUUUAUGUUUAUUUUGUUGUAUGUAUUAUUUUUCUUCAACUGUUAUGCCUUAAUAAUGCCAUUGUUAUACUGUCAUUUAUUUUUUAGGGAACAACUGCAGCGACCAUUUCAGGUCCUUGUGUUAACUGUCAAUCCCAAUCAUUGCAACUUCAUGCGACUCAGAAAGGAAACUUGUGCAGUGCUUGUUAUCAAUUUUUAAGGUACACCUCUAAGGUGACCUGUAUUGUCUAAGAAAGGUCAAGUAGUUGACUUACAUGUGUAGAAAGUAUCAUCUGCAUGUAACAUCGUUUGAUUCUCUGUAAGUUUUUUGCACAGACAUGUUAUAUAGGUUUUUACAACUACCCUACUUAUCCACAAAUAGGUUGCACCUGAGUAAAGAGUGUGCUGUGAUUGGUUUAUGUUUGUAACCGCUCAUUUUAAAAGAUGUUUGUCGGACAGAAAGACAAAUGACAAAGACCUAAGAUCGUCUGCGUGGGAGGCUAGCCCCUCUGUGAGGUCCAUUCAGAAAAAAAACUGCACAACUUGCAAAAUAUCAGGGCAUGUUAUUUUCUGUUCAACCUUCAAAGAAGAUGUGUGAAAGUACAUUUUGAUUUGCCACACUUAUCAAGUCUGGUCUUAUUUGCAGACGAACUGGAACACUACGACCAAGACAUGAAGGAAAGGAAGCUAGGCCUGGCCACAGGGGAAAUAAAGUUAAACGGAAGGCUCCAAAGGUUUGUAUUACCUACAAAAUAAAGUCUCCUUUCACUGGUUUAAGUGGUUAUUUUGUUCCAUUCAAUUGACCGUUUCACAGUUUUUUCAACGCAUGCGUGACUGGCACCAGUUAGCAAAAAUCCAUCGACAUGGCUGAAAAAAAAUCCUUAAAGUCAGUAAAGUUGCCAAUUUGAAAGUGAUUCGUUGAAAACUAAUAAAAGAUAUAGCGGCAUAAUUUUACAGAUUUUUGUAUGGUGGGGGGCAAGUUCAUGCCCCCCACCAUACAAACAUCUGUAAAAUUUCAUUUAUGGAGCAAUAUUAUCUUCACUCGCAUUGGACGUAUCACCUUUGAACUUACUAAUAAUUUAUUAUUUUAACCCUUUAAGGUUUAAGAGUGAUCAGCAUCAAAUUUCUCCUUGUAAUGUCAAUGCUUUGUAAAACAGAGUGGUCAUGAGAAUUACAGACAUGAUCACACAAGAAGUAUUUGCUUGAUAUUUUAUCAACUUCUCCCCACUACGUAUUUAGGAAAUGAAUAGGGGCAACAUAUGAGAAUUCAAAUUUUGAUCUUAGGGUUUAAAGGGUUAAGAUGCUCUUUCCAGUAGUAUUCAGUUACUGGUCUUAAUCAAAACUUGAGAAAAACCGUGUAAAGGGUCUAUUAUUUGGUCAGUUCCUCGUGGCUUUAUGUGGCCUAACUCGUUAAAUUUUAUUGAUUCUUCUAGGGAAUGGUUUUGUCACAAGAGUACCUAACUGCUGUGUCUGGUACCCAUGGUGAUAGCCAUGUGCGACCUCUAGAGAUGGAAAUGGUGAACCUUAAGAGACAGGUACAGAUGAACAAACAGUCGAUAGGCCAGCAUAAGUCCCAGAUUGAAAAUGGAAUUGAAGCUGUGAGACCAGGAGAUGUAAGUAAAAUUACACUGUAACUGCACCAUAUAAUUUGUGAUCCUUGGCAACAGGGGGAUGAUAAAAGAGUGCAUUUUUGUUCAAGUUCUAUUGUCACAGUGCAUUGUGUUAUGAUGGUGAUGAUGAUUUUUUUGUAAUUUAAUAGCUUUUAUUAAUUUUUCACAGUAUAAUGGUGGACAAACACUGCAAAAAAGUCAACAAAUUACUUAAAAACAAAAAAAAAAAACACCAAAUAUCCAAACAAAUUGUUAUGUACACUAUUUAGAUUACAGCGACAGAAAAACAUUGCAAAGUAACAUAGAAACAUUGACAAUGCCAUCAACUAGGGAAAAGGAAAAAAAAAAUAGAACAAUGGUUGAAACAUAAGCGUUACAUGUAAACUUUCAUAAAUUAUAAACUUACGUAAAGUGAGAUGCAUAUGAUGUGGAUGAUAAUGAUGAGAAUGAUGUUGGUGGUGGUGAUGAUGAUGUUCAUGAUGAGUUUUGAUGAUGAUGAUGAUGGUAAAGGUGAUGAUUACGAUGAAGAUGAAGUUGAUAAUGUCAUGAUGAUUUGUGAUAAUGAUGGUGGUGAUAAUGAUGAACUGAUAGUGAUGAUGAUGAUGAGAUGCAUUCACCUCCACAUUGCUGUUAGCUAUUCUGUUACUUUUCCUGUUAAUUACGAAUUAACUGAGUGUUAUUUUUCCUGUUCCUUUUUUUUAGCAAAAUAUCAAGAAUAAUGCCAGAUGGUCAAAUGAAGAGCUUUUGUUAGCCGUCCAAUGUAUGUAUCACACUCACAAAGUUAAUAUUAAAACAGCCAUGAAAUUGGUGAUGGUCACAAGACUGUAAGCAAUAAUGUGACCAAAGUACUGGAUCUCAGUUUGACAGAUGGUAGCUCUGGCCACGUGUCCCUUUUCAGGGAUAAAAUGCAAUGUAGACGUCAGAAUGGGAUAGUUCAUUGUUUGCUUAACAAGUUGUCCACCAGGACUUUGUUAUCAAGCCUUUUUCUCACAAAAUAUGACGAUAAAUACAUAGUGGAGAGUUUCUUUUGGUAUGCUUUCUUUGUUUCCUCCCUUCCUUAAUUUGAACCUCAUUUUAUUAGCUUUUUUUUGCUUCUGUGAAUAUCACUGUUACUUUUUUUUAUAUUAUCUUUAUGUUGAUGUUGAGGGCCAACUAUACCUGUUGGGUCUUUCCUUGUCUCUAACCUGAACUUGCUGCAGGUCUGACUUUGUGAAACCUUUAAGCCCUAAUAUCCACAUACAAAUUCUUCAAACUAGUCUCCAUUAUUCACUUAAAGAAGUAGUUGAGAGAAUUUGAUAAAGGAGCCAAGCAUUUCUCCUUUGGUCAUCAAUCAUUUUAAUAAUUUAAUCUUUUUUCUUGAUGAUGUCUGGGUAUUGAUGUUGGUCACUCUUGAGGCUUAAAGGGUUAAUUAUAUACAUUUCAACAGCUGUCAGACGCUAUGGAAAAGACUUCCAAGCCAUGGCUGAGGUGUUAGGGAACAAGAGUGUGAGUCAGUGCCGCAAUUUCUUUGUCAACUACAAGAGACGUUUCAAUCUACAGCAAGUUCUUGAAGAAUACGAAGCUGAACAGGGAAUCACAAGCAGUGACAGAAAAGACGAUGAUUUGCAGGUGCUGCACAUGUCAGGUUCCCCAGCUGGUAGCAGUGGAAACUCCUCCCCCAGUCAGGACAGAGCUUCUCCGUCCUUCCCCUCCCAGGGUAAGUUCUUUUUGGCUCCAAGAACCCCCGCUGAAGCUUCUUGCUUAAGAAGUCAUCCCACCUUUCAAAAUAUAGAUAAAAACUCCCCUCUUAGUCGGGUUCGAGCUUUUCCAUCCUUUCCCUCCUAGGGUAAGUUCUUUUUGGCUCCAAUAACCCCCAUCCCUGUAAGCAUUCUCUCUGAAGAAGUUAUCCCACCCUCCAAAAUAUAGAGAUCAAUAAAUUUAUAAACUCCCCUCCCAGUCAGGUUAGAGCUUUUCGAUCCUUUCCCUCCAAGGGUCAGUUCUUUUUGGCUCCAAUAACCCCCCUCCCCGUGAGCAUUCUCUCUGAAGAAGUCAUCCCACCCUCCAAAAUAUAGAUAUCAAUGAAUUUAUGAAGAUGUGAAUGAAAUAGGGCCAUGAAUGACUCUUGAUCUAAUAUACGUUCUCCCUAUCUUCCACGAGCAAACGUACAGCAACAGUUUUUUGGGGGUGUUACUUGGUGCUUUUUUUCCUGGGCUCCACAGUCUCAGCUACUGCUAAAAUGUUGACUGAACAACAACCAUUACAAACCACAUACAGUCAACUGCCUUUAAAACACAGACCUUUGGGACUGCCACAAAGUGUUCAUCUUAGAGAGAUGUCCAGGUGUCCGUUUUACCAAAGUGUCCAUUAACAAAGAGUUGGCUGUAUGUUCUCAUAGUUCUGAAAAUGGGAGAGUGCAUGAGCUUUUUGGAAGAGUCAUAAUAUAUGUUGUGGUUCAGUUUUAUCCUUGGUUUAAAUUUUAUUCUUCAUUGUUUCAAACUCAUUAUCAUACAUUACCAUACCUCAAAACAAAAGGAAAUGAGAUUUAAACCAAAGACAAAAUUGAACCACAACAUAUAUUUCUGUAAAUGAAAGUUCACAACUGUCAAAAUGUAAGGAUCAAAGGAAACCAUUCGCACCACCACUAACAAUAAUGGUUCUUUUCCUGUUAGGCAUUCCAGGUCAACCACCCCCACUGUUGAAACCCUCAGGACCACAGGGUCAGCGGCAUCCUCCCCCCUUACAACCUCAGGCGGGAGUCCCAAGGUCAAACCCGGGUGGACUUCAAGGUCCUCCUCCACUCAUUAAACCCAUGGUGCGACCAAUUCAACCGCAGGUAAGUGUACUUGAAAGGUUGAGGCUGACGGAGACGUCGCAUGUCCUUCUAUUAUUUGUUCACUGAAUUUACGCUUUCCUGCCUUGUACCUGGCAUGGUGCCGUGUCUUCAAAAGUGGUAACUUCCCAAAAUCCAAAACACUCCAAAGAAAAAAGAAAAAACUGCUAGGGCUGUCAUUAUUAACAUUUCAAGUUGCUGGUCUCUCGGGGAGAGUAACCGGUUUUUUAUCCCAUAAACUCUCCGAUUUUUGUCCAGUUUGACUGAAUUUCAACUUAGAGUAGCUGGCCGAUUUUAAUUUAGUAAUCCCGCUACUAAUGACUUUCCGGAACUACUCUUGGUGCAAAGUGCAAGCAAACGCUAAAUAGCAGGGUGCAACCUAGGUCCUACUGUGUAUGUGUUCUGCGGUACAGAAAGAGGGUUGUAUGACAAUUUAUUGGUAAAGCCACCAUACAGUGCCGUUCAAAACUAAGUAACCAUUCACGUCUCGUUUCCUGCACGAAGAGAAUCGCAUCAUGCGCUACAAGAAUCGCGUAGCGCGAGUGCGAGAAUUAGUGAAGCAGCAUUUUUUUUUAAAAUUAUUGACGGCUGGGCCUGUCCUAAUCAAAACUAAUUGUGGUAUUUUGGCUAGGAACCAUAAAAAGCCGCAUGACAAGAUGCCCAUCUUUUCUGGGAGUCCUAGCUUUUUAGGGCAUUUGGUAUUUGCUACUGCUUUUCACAUACUCUGCGAGCAAGCUCUCCACGCGUGUCGAUCUCGUGAGAGUUCACGCGAGCGCCGCUCGCAAAAGUAGACGGGAGUACGGGGUGCAGGGAAAGAAAUCCUUUGCGGCUUCACCGCUCUCUCGCGUGUUCUCUCGCGGCUCGCUUUCCUCGCGAUAAUUGGACAGCUUGCUCGCAGGCUACUUUUCUCGGUCAUUGGUGUGCCGGUUGAUUACGCCAUUUUUCUUUCUUUUCCUUUAGCCUCUUCGCCCACAAGCUAAUCCAAUGAUCCAACAAUCUCCUCCACCACAUAUAGCAUUUCAGCAGAUGAUGGAGCAAAAACCUCUCGGGGGACCCAUUGGGAGAUCUGAAUCACCACACAGCUCCUCAGGUACUCCACCCUUGAGGCAGACGCGCUCUGGCAUGUAACAAUGGGACUUUGUCCUCUGCCAAUCAAAUCGAACAAUUAUUACAAUGAUGUUCUGCAGUCCAACAAAUUAUUACUUUUUGUAGUGAAAAUUUCAAUUCUGCUUAAUGACCACUCAGUUUUAGUGAUGACUAAUUUCUGGCCCCAGCUGAUGUCCACUCGAUAUCUAUUUCCUUAUAGACUACGAACAGUCUCUCUCUUUCUUUAGAUUUAGUGAGGGGAGUGCACGCGCGAGCGCGCGCGAACAUCGAAGACGCGAGAAACGAGGGCUCUUGCCUCUCUUGUCUCGCACCUUCAGUCACACGCAAGUCAUAUUCGUGUCUUGCGCGUUUCACUCGACCGACUAAGAGAAGAGAGAGACUGGCUCGUAGUCUAACUUCCAUAACGACACGUAACAAUCACCUUUUGGAGUCCUCUGUUGUUAUCUUCUGUACACAUUGUCAAGUUGAAUUCCUGGUGGGUACCGGCGGGUACUGUAUUUACUCUAAAGAGCGCCGCCGUAAGUAAACGCCACAUCGUCCGAUCAACAAUCCAUCGUUAUUAAUUUUUUAGGGUUUUUUUUCACAAAGAAAAUUCUGAUUACUAUUAUU